UCGGACGGGUUUCAGCGUUGGACGGUGACGUGUUUUGUAGGCGGCCAGUCCAUUGUGUUUAUCUUGUGUUUGUUGCUAAAUGGAGAAGACGCAGUUUGCGUUAAGGAUUCUCACUCUGCCCUCGGACAUGGACUGGAAAUCCUCCUAAAUCUUGGUCAGAGCUCUGCACAGAUACGAAAAUGAACAAAGGGUGGCUGGAGCUGGAGAGUGAUCCAGGACUGUUCACUCUGCUGGUGGAAGAUUUUGGUGUCAAAGGCGUGCAGGUUGAAGAAAUCUAUGACCUCCAAAGCAAAUGUCAGAGUCCGGUGUACGGCUUCAUCUUCCUCUUCAAGUGGAUCGAGGAACGCCGCUCUCGGAGAAAAGUGAACACGUUGGUGGACGAGACGUCUGUCAUUGAUGAGGAAAUUGUAAAUGACAUGUUUUUUGCCCACCAGCUCAUACCAAACUCAUGCGCCACUCAUGCUUUGCUGAGCGUCCUGCUGAACUGCAGCGGAGUUGCACUUGGCACCACCCUGAGCCGCAUGAAGGCUUUUACAAAAGGCUUUAGUCCAGAAAGCAAAGGUUAUGCAAUCGGAAAUGCCCCGGAGCUGGCCAGAGCACAUAACAGCCAUGCCAGACCGGAGCCCAGGCACCUGCCGGAGAAGCAGAACGGGAUCAGUGCGGUGCGGACGAUGGAGGCCUUUCACUUUGUGAGCUACGUGCCCAUCAAAGAUCGGCUGUUUGAGCUGGACGGACUCAAGGCUUACCCCAUCGACCACGGUCCCUGGGGCGAGGAGGAGGAGUGGACUGAUAAAGCACGGAGAGUCAUCAUGGAGCGGAUCGGACUGGCCACCGCCGGCGAACCGUACCAUGACAUCCGCUUCAACCUGAUGGCAGUGGUGCCUGACCGCCGCAUGAAGUACGAGUCCAAGCUGGAAAUUCUUAAGAGGAAUCGGCAGACAGUCCUGGAGGGUCUGCAGAAGAUGAUUCGACUCACUCAGACCGAGCACGUCCACGACAAGAAGCAGCAGGAGUCGGCGCCCCCUGAUGAAAGCGCCGCUGCCAUCAAAAAGGAAGCCGACGCCGAGCCGGUUUCAUCACAAGCGGCCGAAAAGGCCUCCUCCGAUGCAGCCGAUGAGUCAGGAGCGCAGUCCAAAGACGCCCCGAGCCCUUCAGGAAACGCUAAGGUCAUGGGAAAGCCACCGGUCCCCACAGCAGGAGGUCCUCAGCAAGUCACCAGUCCCAACCCCAUCGUUCAGCGGCUGCCCGCCUUCCUCGACAACCACAACUACGCCAAGUCUCCCAUGCAGGAGGAGGAAGAUCUUGCAGCUGGCGUCGCUCGCUCUCGGAUGCCAGGCCCCCCCCAGCCCCCGUACUCCGAUGACGAUGACUAUGAUGACGAUGAGGAGGACGUGAGCGGCUCUGCUGGCACUUCCACCAGAAUCAGGCGGAAAGCAAGUCUGCGUUCCAGAACGGGCCGGAUUGGGACGGGCAUCGAGAGCCAGAUCGCGCUCAGCGUUUUGGCCGAGAAGCUAAAGAAAGAGGUUCAGAGGAAAGACGCGCUGAACACCCCCCUGUCCGUGCGCACCGAGGGCCGCACCGGCGGCAUCUGCAUCACGUCCGCCUCGCAGCCGUCGCCCACGCCCAGCAACGAGAGCACCGACACGGCCUCCGAGAUCGGCAGCGCCUUCAACUCCCCGCUGCGUUCGCCGGCGCGCUCGCAGGCCGCCACGCGCCCGUCCAGCCCGGUCGCGUCCCAUCUGUCCCGCGUGCUGUUCGGAGAGGACGAGAUGCUGAGGCUGGAUUCCAGACACAACCGCGCCGUGCGAGAGCUGGGGCCGUCUGUCAGCGUGGCCCUGCUACACCUGCAGGAGAACGGAGUCAUCUGCGCUCUUCCGCCAUCUGCCGAUUUAGCAGCUGACGGCACAAAGAAACCCUGUACUCCAGAGAAGAUAAAAGACAAAGAGAAAACCAAGGAGGAAGAAAGCAUCAAUGAGGGCGAUGAGGGACCGUCUGUGGAGGUGAAGAAAGAAGAGGAGAGCAAAGAAGCCGAGGCGAAACCCAGCAAGGAGAAGCUCAGCACGGUGGAAAGUCCCGCAGACAGCAAGCCCUCUGGGGACAAGUACUCACCCAAAGAGCUGCUCGCACUGCUCAAGUGUGUAGAGGCCGACAUCGCCAACUACGAGGUUUAUCUGAAGGAGGAGGUAGAAAAGAGGAAAAAAUAUAAGAUCGAUGAUCAGAGACGGACCCACAAUUAUGAUGAAUUUAUCUGUACCUUCAUAUCAAUGCUGGCCCAAGAAGGCAUGCUGGCCAGCCUCGUGGAGCAGAACAUUUCCGUGCGCCGUCGGCAGGGAGUCAGCAUCGGUCGCUUGCACAAACAGAGGAAGCCCGACCGAAGGAAACGCUCGCGACCUUACAAAGCCAAACGCCAGUAAAUUAAAAACAAUCAUGACUUCUGUGAGCAGCAAGCAAUCACCAUGGAGAUAAAGAAUAUUGCUACACUCCUCUCUCCUCUCGUAGAGGCAGGUUAGCGUUGCAUUUCGGUCUGAGCCUCGCCUGUUUUUUUUUUUUUUUUAAAUCAGUCAGGCGUUUGCUCCGUUCUUUAUCAGUUUUGUAUAUACGUAUCCCAUUUUUAGACUCUGUAAAUGUCCUGCUUUGUGCCAUUGCCAUCCUUCCCACUGUAAAUAUGAAGCAAGGCGUGUUUCCAGCAAUGCACUCGAGGGUAUUCUCGUGGUAUCUUCUCUGCAGUUUUAUGAACCGUGAAUUUUGCUGGACUUCCUUCAAAAACUUUCUUAUGUCAGUUAAUAUACGCUUCAUGUCAAUAUCUCUGCAACUGCAUUCUUCUCAUGUCUUCACGGUGCCAAUGGAGUAUUGAAUUCUAUUUAAUUCACAGCAUUUAAAUACAGUAAAGUCAGUAUAGACAAUUCAUAGUCCAACGUCAAAAAUAUCUUUUAAUCACACGAUAGGUGGACAGUUUGAAUAUCAUGACUCGUCAUGGUUUUGUUUUUACUUAAACGUCUUUUCAGCUAAGGGUCUCUAGUUGUGUAAGAUCCUGCAAAUUGGAAACGAGCUCUUGUUAUUUUUGUAACUUAAAAAGGAUCUCAAAGAGAGUGAAUAUUAAGUUAAAUGCGUGAAUCUGUGUGUUUUGUACAUACGUAUGUGUUUAUUGGCUUGCCAAUAUAAUGAAUUCAGUUUUUUUUGUGCUUGCCAGUUUCUUCUGCAUUAAAGUCUGUGAGAAUAUUUUGUUAUAAUCUACAUUUCCUUGUGUCUUUGGGGUUGUGAAUGUGCAAUGACUGCAAUGGUUCAUGAAUGAAUAUGGCAUUAUAGCAAUGGAAUAACUAGGUGUCCUUUGCAAAGAUAUGCUUCAAAAUUCUUGUUAGUUUCUCAAAUUGUCGAGAUGCUUUUCAGAUGAAAGCGCUUCAUUGCAGUGACAGUUUGUGUACACUAGGGAGAGCACUCAUUUAAAGGUGAGUGAAACAAUGACAUGGCUUUCUCUGGACACAAAGGAGAGUCAAUU